AUGGCCAAGGCUGGCGGUGGGGAGUGCAGCGGGGCCCUGCGGGGACCGGGUCGGGAUGUGACGCACUUGUGCACAGGCAGCCCUGAGCCCCGACGGCCGGGCCCCCCGCAGCGCAAACCCGGCUACAAGCUGGGCCACCGGCGGGCCCCCUUCGAGAAGCGCAAGCGCCUCAGCGACUAUGCCCUCAUUUUCGGCAUGUUCGGCAUCGUGGUCAUGGUCACAGAGACGGAGCUGUCCUGGGGCGUCUAUACCAAGGAGUCCUCGUACUCGUUUGCACUGAAAUGCCUUAUCAGCCUCUCCACUGUCAUCCUCCUGGGGCUCAUCGUCAUGUACCACGCCAGGGAGAUCCAGCUCUUCAUGGUGGAUAACGGUGCGGACGACUGGCGCAUUGCCAUGACCUACGAGCGCAUCUUCUUCAUCGCCCUGGAGCUGGUGGUCUGCGCCAUCCACCCCAUCCCAGGCCAGUACCUUUUCACCUGGACGGCCCGCCUGGCCUUCACCUACGCUGCCUCGGUGGCCGAUGCCGACGUGGACAUCAUCCUCUCCAUCCCCAUGUUCCUGCGGCUCUACCUGAUCGGGCGCGUGAUGCUGCUGCACAGCAAGCUCUUCACCGACGCCUCGUCGCGCAGCAUCGGUGCCCUCAACAAGAUCAACUUCAACACGCGCUUCGUCAUGAAGACGCUCAUGACGAUCUGCCCUGGCACCGUGCUGCUCGUGUUCAGCAUCUCCUCCUGGAUCAUCGCUGCCUGGACGGUCCGCGUGUGCGAGAGGGACAAACUGUACCACGACAAGCAGGAGGUGACCAGCAACUUCCUGGGCGCCAUGUGGCUCAUCUCCAUCACCUUCCUCUCCAUCGGCUACGGCGACAUGGUGCCGCACACGUACUGCGGCAAGGGCGUCUGCCUCCUCACCGGCAUCAUGGGUGCCGGCUGCACGGCCCUUGUUGUUGCCGUCGUUGCCCGCAAGCUGGAGCUCACCAAAGCCGAGAAGCACGUGCACAACUUCAUGAUGGACACGCAGCUCACCAAGCGGGUGAAAAACGCGGCCGCCAACGUACUCAGGGAAACGUGGCUCAUCUACAAACACACCAAGCUGGUGAAGAAGAUCGACCAUGCCAAAGUUCGGAAACACCAGCGUAAGUUCCUCCAAGCCAUCCAUCAGUAAGUGCCAAACCUUUACCUGCUUCGUACGCGGCGCCCGCCCGCCACGGC